CUUGUUCAUAUGUGCACCUGACAAGACAGACUGAACCCAUAGCCACAUGCACAUGCUCAAUUUGGUGUGUAUUGCUAGAGAGGUUUUUUUUUUUCUUGAUAGAGUGCAUAUGAUCAGUACAAGGCCAAUCAGCACUGGCCAGGCAGAGGUCAGGGGUUCUGCAUCCUCCUACAAGCUUUAAAAAGUGCUCUGCUGAAGUCACAAGACUGCUAUAUACUGAUAAUAAGAAAAUACAUUUAGCAGUUUAUAUUUACUAAAAUAAUUGCAUUUCCAUGUUACCAGAUAUAGUGAAUGCAGGGUCUGGGGAGACCAGAUAUAGUGAAUGCAGGGUCCUGG